AUGUUGCGAUGUGCACAGAUGUUACUUGGCGAAGUCUUGCUACGAAGGCAUAUUGGAAGGGAUUUUGAAUGGAAGGAAGGUGUACCACCGUCAGGUGAUUACGAGCGUAUUCUGAGGAUGUUCCUGGAUGAAAAGACUGCAUUGUUCUCUAUACAUCAGAUCGCGCAAAUGGGUGUUUCUGAAGGAAAAUCCGUUGGUGAAUGGUUUGGGCCCAACACUGCGGCACAGGUCAUAAAAAAGUUAGCUGUGUUUGAUUCAUGGUCGGGAAUAGCCGUACACGUUGCUCUAGACAACAUUCUAGUCUCGAGUGAUGUUCACACAAUAGCCACACUGGCACCACCUAAGGAUGCUAUCAAGUUGAUUAUG